GCGCUUUCCGCGCCGCCCGCCCGGCCUCCGCGCGCUCGCUCGCCCGGCCGCGCUCCCGUCCUCCCCGACGCCGCUGGGCUCCCCGGGCCCCCUCGCAGCCCCAGCCCGGUGCCAUGGCUGCUGUGUACCGCCCCGGCCUGCGCGGGCUUGGCUGGCAGCGGCUGAGCCCCUGGUGCCGGGCGCCAUGCCGCCCCCUCCAGAGCCUGCGGGUGCUUCACGGAGACCUGGGCCAGCUCCCCGCCGGAGUCCGGGACUUCGUGGAGCGCAGUGCCCGUCUCUGCCGGCCUGAGGGCAUCCACAUCUGCGAUGGGAGCGAGGCCGAGAACACGGCCAUCCUGGCCUUGCUGGAACGCCAGGGCCUCAUCCGAAAGCUCCCCAAGUAUGAGAACUGCUGGCUGGCCCGCACAGACCAGGACGUGGCGCGAGUGGAAAGCAAGACUGUGAUUGUGACUCCCUCUCAGCGGGACGCCGUGCCCCUCCCGGCCGCGGGCGCCCGUGGGCAGCUGGGCAACUGGAUGUCCCCCGGCGAGUUCCAGCGAGCCGUGGACCAGAGGUUUCCAGGCUGCAUGCAGGGCCGCACCAUGUACGUGCUUCCGUUCAGCAUGGGUCCCGUGGGCUCCCCCCUGUCCCGCAUCGGGGUGCAGCUGACAGACUCGGCCUACGUGGUGGCCAGCAUGCGUAUCAUGACGCGCUUGGGGCUCCCCGUGCUUCAGACGCUGGGAGGCGGUGACUUCAUCCGAUGUCUGCACUCCGUGGGCCAGCCCCUGACUGGUCCGGGGGAUCCGGGGAGCCCCUGGCCGUGCAACCCGGAGCAAACCUUGAUCGGCCACGUGCCGGACCGGCGCGAGAUCGUGUCCUUCGGCAGCGGCUACGGCGGCAACUCCUUGCUGGGCAAGAAGUGCUUCGCGCUGCGCAUCGCAUCCCGCCUGGCCAGGGAGGAGGGCUGGCUGGCGGAGCACAUGCUGAUCCUGGGCAUCACGAGCCCCGCAGGGAAGAAGCGUUACAUGGCGGCCGCCUUCCCCAGCGCCUGCGGCAAGACGAAUCUGGCCAUGAUGCGGCCCACGCUGCCGGGCUGGAAGGUGGAGUGCGUGGGGGACGACAUCGCGUGGAUGAGGUUCGACGGGGAAGGUCGGCUGCGGGCCAUCAACCCGGAGAAUGGCUUCUUUGGAGUGGCCCCCGGCACCUCGGCGGCCACCAACCCCAACGCCAUGGCCACCAUCCGGAGCAAUACCCUCUUCACCAACGUGGCCGAGACCAGCGACGGCGGCGUGUACUGGGAGGGCAUUGACCAGCCUCUCCCGCCCGGCGUCACCGUGACCUCGUGGCUGGGCAAACCCUGGAAACCUGGUGACGAGGAGCCCUGUGCACAUCCCAACUCCCGCUUCUGUGCCCCCGCUCGUCAGUGCCCCAUCAUGGACCCGGCCUGGGAGGCCCCGGAGGGGGUCCCCAUUGAUGCCAUCAUCUUUGGAGGCCGGAGACCCAAAGGGGUGCCUCUGGUCUACGAGGCCUUCAGCUGGCGCCACGGGGUGUUCGUGGGCAGCGCCAUGCGCUCGGAGGCCACGGCAGCCGCGGAACACAGAGGGAAGGUCAUCAUGCACGACCCCUUCGCCAUGCGGCCUUUUUUCGGCUACAAUUUUGGGCGCUACCUGGAGCACUGGCUGAGCAUGGAGGGCCGCCGGGGGGCGCGGCUGCCCCGCGUCUUCCACGUGAACUGGUUCCGGCGGGACGAGGCGGGCGGCUUCCUGUGGCCGGGCUUCGGGGAGAACGUGCGCGUGCUGGACUGGAUCUGCCGGCGGCUGGACGGGGAGGAUGGCGCCCGGGAGACGCCCGUCGGGCUGGUGCCCCGGGAAGGGGCCCUGGACCUGAGCGGCCUGGCGGCCGUGGACACCGCGCGGCUCCUCUCGGUCCCCAAGGACUUCUGGGAGCAGGAGGUGCGGGACGUGCGCGGCUACCUGAGCGAGCAGGUGGGCCAGGACCUGCCGGCGGAGGUGCUGGCCGAGCUGGACGCCCUGGAGGGCCGCGUGGCCAGGAUGUGAGCCCCGGCGCCUCCC